UCAACACGUGCUACCAUGGUUACAGAAAACGCAGCAGCACCGGUUCAGCUUCUAAGUGAGGAGCAAGUUGAGGGACUGACAGGCAGGACGCUGAGUGUGGAGUGGUCAAAAUGAGCUCUCCAGCUGUGUUUUUAUUACAAUGUUAGACUGCGCUAAUAAUGUGAAGCUUGGCCUAGAAGACGUGACAUUAUUCUGUCGCCCUAAUGUUUUGGGUUUUGUUUGGUUUCUGUUGUCGUUCGGAGAAUAGUAAGCGGCGUCAUUUAAUGUAAUUGUGCUGACCUUGUUUGAAGUGUUUAACGUUGGCCAACUAACCGGUCCAAUUAAUCGACGCCAUGAUCCCCGAAUGCCCGCGUGCCGGGGACUCGAGAAGCAGAAGCCGCCUUCAUCACAACCACGCAGCUGGACCGAGCCAGAGCCGCAGUGUCAGCGGCUUGUUGUCCGAAAUCCAAACCGCCAUCCACAACGAACCUUUCGCCGACCACUACACUGUUAUUCCCGGCAGAGAGCUCGGAAGGGGAAAGUUUGCUGUGGUCAGAAAGUGUGUGGAGAAGUGCACGGGUCAUGAGUACGCUGCUAAGAUAAUGAGGAAGAGACGGAAAGGGCAGGACUGCCGGAUGGAGAUCAUCCAUGAGAUUGCACUACUUGAACUGGCCAGCGCCUGUCCCCAUGUGGUCAACCUCCACCAGGUCUACGAGAUGGCUUCAGAGAUGGUGCUAGUUCUGGAGUUUGCGGCUGGAGGAGAAAUUUUCAAUCAGUGUGUGUCAGACCAAGAGGAUGAGGCCUUCAGUGAGGAAGAUGUGAAGAGGCUCAUGAGACAGAUCCUGGAGGGAGUGGCCUUCCUCCACCAGAACAAUGUAGUUCAUCUUGACCUAAAGCCUCAGAACAUCCUGCUGACGAGCACUUCUCCUCUGGGUGACAUUAAGAUUGUGGACUUUGGUCUGUCCAGGAUGGUCAGCAGCCACCAAGAACUAAGAGAGAUUAUGGGAACCCCAGAGUAUGUUGCUCCUGAGAUUCUGAAUUAUGAGCCAAUAAGCACAGCAACAGACAUGUGGAGUGUUGGGGUGCUGGCAUAUGUGAUGCUCACAGGAAUCUCUCCAUUCCUGGGCGAAGACAAGCAGGAGACGUUUCUCAACAUUUCCCAGCUCAGUGUGAGCUACAGUGAUGAGGAGCUUCAGCAGCUGGACCCAGCUGCUCUGUCCUUCAUCCAAAUGCUGCUCCGCAAACACCCACAGGAGCGGGCCACAGCCGAGCACUGUCUCACACAUCCGUGGCUUCAGCCCACUGAGCCUCAGGACAACCAGACAGUGGAGGAGAUCCUCUCUGUGGAGGAAGAGCCCAGCUCCACCAGCAGCUCCACCAGCAGUCCCGAACCUCCCACAAGUACAAGCUCAGCUGAGGAAGAGGAUGCAGGGGAAGUUCAUGGCCCGCUGACAGAGGAGCUGAUAGUCAUGGCAGCCUACACCCUGGGUCAGUGCCGUCAGUCCUCCGCCUCCAGCGUGGAGGAGGCGGCCCUGACUGCUGAGCAGAAAGCCAUUUCCAAACGCUUCAAGUUCGAGGAGCCCUUCAGUGCUCUGCAGGAAGUCCCUGGAGAGUUCAUCUACUGACCCAUUACACGCACCAGCAAUCUCACCGAGGACAACUUAGUGCUGUCACAUUACCACACAAACCCUCUUAACUAUAUACUGUAAGUAUAUAAUCAGAUACUGUUGCACAGUCAGUCUCUUAUUUCAACUGUUGGAACUUUUUAAGAACCUGCAAAGCCAACUUCACUUUACCCUCCUCCUCCUCAACACCUCCUAAAGUAACUACUGUAGCUUGAUGUUGCAUUUUAUUUGGUUUGCUGUUGUAAUGACUGACAGAGUGUAGCGGCAGCAUGACACACUGUUUGCUCCCAUUUGAUACCAAAAGACAGACCUCCGCCUCAGUGUGUUUGAGCAGAAUUCACAUUCUGGGAAUAGGAGCUGUAAAAGCUGUCAAAGACCAGCACAGAUACGUACACGCAGACCUGUACACAAACGUUUCCAACACUGAUUCAAACUGAAAGUUCAUUUUUGGCUUAAGAUGACAGAACACCGAUUGCCACGCCUGUUUUGUAGUUCUGGAUCACAAACAGUGGGCAUAAACACGAGAGACUGUCAUAUGAGAAAAAGCUACAGAACAGCUUUUUUAUUGUUAUUUAGUUAAAUGCAAUUUAAAGAACUGCUUGCAUAAUAAAGGAAAGAUAUACAAUGCUGGUGCUAUGCUUCUAAAUUAUUUCUAAAUGCAGCCAUUAUUGUUCCUGCUCUCUUAUUAAUAUGACUAAUAAAAGUCCUUGUACGCUUGCAGCUGGCUCUCUAGAAGUAAUGCAGUGUAGUUUAUAUAUCUGGAUUCAAACAGAGUUUCCGUGUGAGCCAUCAGACAAGAAGCAUCUGAAGACACGUGCUGUGGUCCUUCCUUUUAGGCCCCCUGUGAGCCAAUGGGGUUUGAGUAUGAGUGCCACUGUAUGACUCUGCAAGCUUUAUUUAUUUCACCUUAGCUCUCAGAUAAAGAUUACUCAAACAUAUGAUCUCUGGUUUCUAUUUCCGCCCAUUUUAUUAAUAUUUAAGAUUUUUAAUUUGAUGCCAGCAAAAUAUUUCAGAAAAGUUGGAGCAUGCAGAGUGACUGACAGGAAAUGUGUUGCACCCUCAGAGCAGCCUGGACUCAUGACCUCAGCAGGAGGGUGGUGGCUAAAUAAAGCACACACAUAAGCGAUGUGCAGUUGCCAACGAUCAAAUCUCUGUUGGCAUGUUUGCCUUUCACUGAGCCUCCUGUGUGUAUUUGUAUUUAGUGCCAUGCGCAGAGAACGAUGGCCUCACUUCUUGCUGUUUUUCAUGGUUAUUAUCAGCAGUAGUAGUAUUUCUGUAUAAUGUUACAAAUAUUACUGAGAUUUUUUCAAAAAUUUGUGUUAGUGUAAAACAAUAUGAUUUAAAGACCCACGUCAUAUAGAAAACCUUCCUUUUAGAAAACAGACUGGUCUCCUCAGGGUUCAGUCCUUCCUGAUGUGGACACGGAUCAUUUCCAGCUUGGACAUGGAAGCGAUGAACUCUCCAGGCUUCAAUUGGGUCUGUCCUGUAAAUGUAAUGUCUGUGAAAUUCUAAGCUAAACAGAUUUGUACAUGAAUGUGCUGUGCUGUAAAUAAACACUACAAAAGUG